GCUAUUCUCAUUCUCACAUGGUCUUUAGCUUGCCUUAAAGAGGUAACAUAUAGAGGAAAAAUGAUGAAGGGGUUGGUCACAUGCCUCUUGGUCCUCCUUGUGGCUCACCAAUUGGGACACCAGGCUCGAGCCAUCGACUGCACGGCGGUCACUGAGUCACUCGUACAGUGUGUCACUUAUCUGACGGGUGCGACCGAUCAGCCGGCUGCCGCCUGUUGUGUAGGGAUGAAGCACCUGACCCAAAUAGCGGCCACUGUAGCCGACAAGAGGGCAGCAUGCGACUGCAUUAGGAAAGAGGAGGAAAGAUUCCACAACAUUAAGGAAGAGGCUGCAAUCAAACUCCCCGGUGCAUGUGGUGUGACUAUCUCAGUGCCAAUCUCACCCAACACCGAUUGCAGCAAGAUCAACUAAAUUAGGGAAAAUUUGGAAAAAUAAAGGAGGAGCAUUGUUGCAUUCCAAUACAAUAAGAGAGGGAAGAAGUGGAAGGGAUGGUUACUAUCUAUCUCUAUAUUUUUGUAGUGUUUUGGGUUGUAAGAGAGAGUUCUACGCCUCGUAAGCUCCUCGUGAAGGCUUAUCCUGAAAAAGGGUAAUUUAGUCAUAUUUAUAAUAAAUUGCAAUGGUGAACAAUCGAUAUCAUGCUCAAUAAACUUAAAAAUUUGUCAUCUAGAAUUUAUGGCUUUUUUUUCUUUCUUUUUUUUUUUUUCUUUUCUGUUUGGCGUUAGACAAGCCUCUUAGAUUGAGAUUAACAAUUUAUUGCUCUACAAAGAGACU